AUGCUGAAAGGCAUGUAUGAUAAUCAAGCGUCGCACCCGGUAGACGCAGCGGACCAAACCAUGUUUGUUCACGAGUCACGGCCAUCGGAGACAUCCAACGCCCUGGAUGCUUUCACAGACACAGAUGAUGAGGGCAUGAGAUCAGAUCCUCAUUCUACGCAGACAUUUCAGGCACGAACCCCAUCGGCACGUUUGUAUCAAUCAAGAUCCUCUGCAACUGCCAGCCCAUCAUAUUUUGUGAUUGUGAUACCUCCUGCUGACCUCCCCGUGGAAGCGCUACCGCGAAUGGUCUCCGCUCGCGCACUCGCUCGCCGUGGUACUCUUUUGCCUUUGUAUCCCACACUCGGUGGUCAGCUGUAUGCCAUUGCACGUGAGUAUGGCCUUCCCAGUGUUGGCGGUAUUUCGCUCUACCUGGUAGACGAUGGAAAUGGUAACGGUGGACCUCGGAUUGGUGACAGCACAUGGGCCGCACUAUGGAGCAGUUUCUUCGAGGAUGACCUAGAGGAUGCUCUACCACCACCACCCAUGUCGGAUGUCUUUGAGUCAGAGCCGCAUCAGCGUGUUUCGUCCUUUUCUUAUCAACGCAGGGGUUCUGGACAGUAUCCCACACCGCCUCGCCCUCGUCAGACGACACCAUCUCGGCGCCUUCAACGUAUUUCAAGCCAUGCGUCAAUGGCAACCACCCGCUCGAUGCCUUCGGGUACUUUUGAACCAUCUCGUCUGCCAAUCGUAGCCAAGCUCGAAUGGGUUGUGGACCCGCUCCGAGCCAAGUGGUGGCCUCCUUUUCUCGCGCAUGCAGAGGCUGUGGCUGAGUCGGCAACCUCGCCAAGCAAGAGUGAUGGACCACCAUUGCCUACACCACGUAGUGGUGGGCCUCGCCCUUUGCAUCUCACUUCUCAACUGAGUUCACCACCCCCAUCUCGCGGUUUGCCUCAUCCUCCUGCCACUUUUACACCGCCUCAACAGAGGCUUCAACCACAACCCAAGAGUUUAGAGCAGGCGCUUGACCAGGGGCAGAUGCAGGUUCAGGAACAAGACGAGAAUCAGGACCAUAAGCAACUCACUGAUUCACCGCAGCUUGAUGCUCAACAUUACUCGGCAACUAAAGAUGAAAUAACUCCUCAGGAUGCGCCUGUCAAGCUCCGUGAUGCACCAAUUAUUGUACCUGCUCGGCAGGACUCGGAUGCACCGGACUCGAACCCGGUCAGCAGUGCGCCUGAAAUGACCACCGCACCCACCACCCAGAUGGACAAACCGCCUUUUGUUCAAGAUGGUGAGAAUUGGAGCAUGGAGCGUGUGCACCCUGAAUCAGAUACGACUGAAUUGACGUCGCUGCCUGUCGCGGACGCGACCCCCCCUCAGGAAACGCUUAAAACUGAGACAGCACAGCCCGAUGCAGUGUCUGAAGAAGCAAGCGACAAGAACGCUGACCAGUCCAAACCCGAAAGACACACAAUGAGUGCCACCGUUGCAAGCUUGUCUGCAGCUGCGUCUCGUUUGUUUGGCCAUAAGCCACGCACGCCACCUUCGCCAGAACUAGACGUUGAAGAGGCGCGUGAUCGACUCACAGAGCAGGAACGUGAAAGAGCUCUGGCUCGUCGUCACAAACACCGCGCCUCAAUUGACAUUCCGCGCUCCGUCAAGCGUGCCUCUGUGCGUAUGACGGAGGCUAUGGAACAGGCUGGACCUGAUUCAGAAAGUCAAGCGGACGACGGUAAAGCACGUGGUCAUAAGCGAAGCACUAGCACACCUCACGCAACAUCCCUUACAUGGAACGCACGGUCGAAGAAUGAUGAUGUCUUUCAACUAGAAUCUUUGCCUGCGGCACCACCUGUGCCUGAUGUGCAGACAUCGAAUGUACCUGAAAACUCGGUGUCGCGUCCAAGCAGCAAGCCAAUCGAUUCUCUUCGCAUGUCUGAUGCAUCAACGCUGCGUUCCCCUAUCAUGCUUGACCAUACUCUUCCCGCAAUCGACCCUCAACACGAGGAGGGCAUGACAUUAAUGGAUCCUCCCACAGCUGCUCAGCUGAGUCGACAAGACAGUGUCGACUUUAACAACACGCUCGGCGACUUGCAACGUGCGCUGGAGCUCUUAUCACCACGCAGCGACGUAUCCCAGCGCAGGAAGACCCGAAUAAUGCAUGCACGUCGCUCUGCUCGGCCUAGCUCAGUGCUAGUAGAUACGAAUGACUCGCCGAGUCUGAGAUCGGGCGCUGCCGCUCCGCCAGUUACAGACAGUCUUGUGCCUCGUGAAUCAGUACAAGACUUUUCUCCAGGGGAUGCGGGAUCCAAUGCAGUUACCCAGCAGCCAGAGACCGACCAGUCGGUCAAGAAGACCGGAGUCAUGCCAUACGAGUCAGAUCCUCAUCUCCAGCCUAGAAAAGCGCCUGAGGCAGCUUUGGCAUCUAAUGCCUCGUACUUGAUGACACCCUCAGCCCAUGGAAAUCUGUCGCAAUUUGACGGUACCACAACAUGGGAUGCUCCGGUCCCUGAUACGUCUGGAUGGAGUGCUGAACACACGCCCAUGACAAGUGCUUUAGCCCAGUGGGGCCAUGGGCCGCAGCCUGCAUGGGAGGUACCGUCCUGGCAGCCGUCACCAAUGCCUAGGGCUAUGGAUGAACCACAAGCAUGGCCUUAUGAUGUUAUGGCUUCGUCGACUGAGCCGCUGCAUAUCCGUGAAUCGCAGCCUUUUGGUCAUCAGACCGACGAUCCAGCUUCUGGGUUCAAAGAGAAAAUGCUAGACCCCCUGACACAGCGACUUCAGGCUUUCCCGGAUGAGCAAACCUUCGCGCGAGAGACACUAUCAACGAAGCAGACGCUAACCUCAGAAGCUGUCCCAAAUGAGGCAAUCUCGUCACAGGAAACUUUUUCAAUGCAUCAGGCUCGUUUAGUGCCAGAAGCACCCGCCCAGCUGAUGCCUCCUGAUCAAAUGCUUACGGGACAACCUCCAUCUCAGCAAGCAACUAGUCAUCCGACUUCUCUGUCAGUAGCGCCAGCAACGCCUGACUUCACAUCCGAAUCCAUCUACCAGGUCCCUGUUCCUAGACUUGGACCAUUGCCCCUAUCGAUUCCACCUCACGAUGGCGCAUGGAGUGUUCGUUGGGAUUAUCCUACCGAGAAUGCACAAGAAAAUCAGUCAGAAGACACUGCCCAAGGCGCCCGCCAAGGUCCACCUCCGCCUCCGAAGGAGACGGACCACGAGCUAUUCCAAACGCAGUGGCUUUCAAACCCGGACGAAACUUCUUCGCAGCUUGGUUCCUCUCUUCAGAACCUGCAGCCGGAGACACGAGAGGAUGCAAACGAAGAACUAUGGGCGCCCUGGUCGAAAGGAGAGGCUUAUACCGUCAAUCCAUCUGUCCCAACGCAUCAAGGCUUGCCAAGUUCGCAACCCAUGGCAUAUGGCUCCAUGGUAGACGAUACGUCUCUGCCACAACGAGACCCUGCAUCUGUACCGUAUGGUAUUCCAGCUCCACCGUCAGUCGCACUAGGCGAUCACAAUAUGGUGCAGGCCUCUUCGAUGUACCCUCCGAUGCAGGGUCGUUCGACGCCCCAGAACCAGAUGCCCAUGAUGACGUCAACUUUGAGCCCCAUCAGCCCACAAGCGCAGGGACCAAACACUAGUGGCAUCAAUACAUCGGAGCUUCACAUGGAGCCCGACCCGCAAGGAUCGCCCCCCGUUCUUUCCCAAUCGCGACACUUUUUUGCAAAGAUGUCGCCAAAGUUCAAGUGGAACAGACGUAAGAAAGAUGACAAGACAUUGAGUCAGCCAGCAACGCCAUCUGGUGCAGGUCAGACUUUGUCCUUGAGCAUGUCGGAAGAUGACGUUUCGUUUAGCGAGCGCCCUCGGCCUUCGCCUAGUUCGUGGACGCCGCUUGGCAAGAAUGGCCGCCGUCAGAAUGUGCAUUCGGCAGAUUCGCAGCAGGGCCUCACGAUUGAGACUCCUCCGGCCGUAUACUCACCUGAUGUUUCGAAGAGUAACGCGAAUGUUGCUUCAAAACGUCAGAUUGCUUCGCAAAGCACCAUGAACAAUUUUGCGAUGCAGCACGACGAUUCGUUUGAGGCAUCGUUCUCCGCCCAACACAAUCCUUCCUCCAUGCCUGCGUCAGCUGCUUUGUCUGCGCCGCAUGGUCCUACCCCCACCGAUUGGCAGAGCCUGAAUACGUCCGCUUCUGCUCCAACAACAACUAUGCCCAGCCCAUCUCAGCUGAUUGCCCUUGAGAGCCAAGGUGUAGUUUCGCCUACACAGACAUCUGACCCGCAUGGUGAACCUAAUACCAAUGCUCAUGGCAAUCUUUUAAAUGCGGCGGAGCAGACAUUGCAGGAUUCGACGCACAAGGCGAGCCAAAGUGUCACGAGUGGUAUGCGUCAACUUUUCCACCGAGGCUUAUGA